ACACCUGUUACACACACACACACCUGUUACACACACACAAUGGAACAAUAGGAGGGGCUGGACAGCUGAAGAAUUCAGACCUGAACCAGGUUAAACCAGAGAGAGAGAGAAGGAAUGAGGGAGGAGUUGAGAGUGAGAGAGGAGUGUCAGAGUUUUGGGGGAAAUUGAAUCAGAGUAAGAGAGGACGAGCGAGAGAGCACACCUGAGACUCUCGCACCUGAGAGAGUCUGAAUCUCUCUCUCGGCCUGUUUUCUCCAGUGUGUGUGUGUGUGUGUGUGUGCAGCUGAUGGACUGCGUGCCCGCGGUACCCAUGCCCUGCCCCUGAUGUCGUUAGGGUCAGAGGGCAUCGCCAUGGCGAUGACUGCACUGUUCCGGGGAAAGUGGGGUCAGAAGGCCUCAGAGCCGCCGCCCCCCAAACCCCCCGCCGCCCCCCCGCCCCAGCCGGACGAGGAGGAGGACGAUGAAGACCCGCCGACCCGAGCGCCGAUCCGCCGCAACUCCCGCUUCUACCGCAGCAUGAGGAAGAAGAAGCUCCAGUCUUCAUCAUCAUCCUCAGACCAGCAGCACAGCCCCUCCCCUUCCCCUAAAUCCCCUCUGAAGUCCGGACGGAACUUGGCGGCCAGCAGGUCCCCCCUCACACCCCGGCACCGCCGCCCCUCCCCUCAGAGCUCUGGUAGAGGGUUGCUAAGCGAUGGUCUGGUGGGUGGAGCCUCCCCUUGGUCGCCGAUAGAGACGGGAGAUUGGCGGCUCAGAGGAGAGAUGGAGGAGCUAAGCGUUCGGACCAGAGCCUGCAGCGUGCAGGACGAACACACACACACACACUCACACACUGACAACAACACACUCAGGUUUGUGCAAAGUGGGGAUGGUGAAAACACACCAGAGAACUUUGGCUACAGUCUAAACAUCGUAAAGAGCGUCCCGUUCCUGUAUCAGGAAUAUCGGGGCACGUCGGAGCAGCAGGAGAUCGAACAGCGGCGGCAGAGGGAUGGCCUACCUUUGGCAGGGCUCGGGUCGGGUUCGGGGGUCACGGUGGGGUCGGGGGUCACGGUGGGGUCGGGGCCGAUGUCUCCGCCUGCCCUGCAGCUGCAGCUCCGGAACACGGCCCGGUCCCUCAGCCUGUGGCAGAACCUGGACGCCGUGCAGAACAGCGGCCUGCUGAGCGGAUUACCUCACCGAGAGAUCAUACUGCAGGAGGCCAUGUUUGAGUUGGUGACCUCUGAAGCUUCAUAUUAUAAAAGUCUAGAACUGCUGGAGAACCACUUCCUGCAGAACCCACUCCUCAUCAACACUCUCAGCCAAUCAGACAUGCACUUCCUCUUCUCCAACAUCGCUGACAUCAUGAAGGCAAGCGAAAGGUUUCUGAUGGAUUUGGAGCACAGGAUCGAGGAGUCGCUGCUGAUCUCAGACGUGUGUGACAUCGUUUAUCAUCACGCUGUCAAUUAUUUCCACGUCUUCAUCAGUUACGUCAUUAACCAGGUCUACCAGGAGAAGAACUACCGCCGCAUACUGCAGGAGAACACUUUGUUUCGAGAGAACAUGGCUCUGUUGGAGAAUCAGCCGAAGGUUAAAGGCCUGUCCUUCACCUCCUUCCUCAUCCUCCCCUUCCAGCGAAUCACACGCCUCAAACUGCUGGUGCAGAACAUUCUGAAGAAGGUUGAGGAGAAUUCAGAGAGAGAAAUCAACGCCAUUAAAGCUCACCAGGAGCUGGAGAGGAUUGUUAAGGAAUGUAAUGAAGGAGCGAGGAAGAUGAGUCGCACUGAGGAGCUGAUCAGCAUCGAGAAAACACUCGAGUUCAAAUCAAAGUCAGUGCCGGUCAUCUCUCACUCCCGUUGGCUCCUGAAGAAGGGGGAGGUUCUGCAGAUGUCGGGACCGAAGAGCACCCGGACCAUGAAGAGCCGAAAACUCUACCACCCCAUCUACCUGUUCCUCUUCAACAACCUGCUGCUCAUCACCAAACGCAGCUCCAGUGGGGAGAAGUUUCAGGUGCUGGACUCCUGCAGUCGCUCGAUGUUGAGGACGGAGGAUCUGGAGGAUCAGGGUCAGAUGCUGGCCUUCGUAUUCGUCCUCAAACUGCUGGAGAACCAGGAGGACCGACCUGUUAGCUACAUGCUAAAGACCACCAGCAUGAGUGAGAAGCUGCGCUGGAUCUGUGCUCUUACACCCAACCGCAGAACCCGAUUCCUCUCUACCAGCACACACCAACCAGACUCUCCGCAGGUUCAGUGUAUCCAGUCGUACUCCGCUCAGGAGCCGGACGAGUUGUCGAUAGAGAUGGCGGAUGUUCUGCACAUCCUGGAGAAAACCGACGACGGGUGGAUGAUGGGGGAGCGGCUGCAUGACGGCGAGCGUGGCUGGUUCCCGUGCCGCGUGGUGGAGGAGAUCCUGAGCUCGGAGGUUCGGGUUCAGAACCUGAAGGAAUGCCAAAGGAUCCAGCUGGCGCACGGUGCACCACAGGGCGCCACCAGAGCCGCCUCCAGGGGGCGCCGCGCCACCAAGACUGCACUCUACAGCCCCACCUGGGUCGACCAAUCGGAGCAGGAGCAGUGAAGCAGGUGGGGUUUAUAAAGACUGGUUAUAAAGACAGCGAGAUUGCACCAAAUGAGGCCACUGGAGGGCGUCACCGAGUUUCGUUCUGUCUCAGGUAUGUACUCUCCCAGGGAGGGGGGUCAAAGGUCACGGCUGAGGUCGCCACAGGUGACCGGACUGGACUCAUCCUACGGUCUGCAUGAACUGACCGAACUUUUUAACGCUUGUUUUUUUCCGGCUGCUUGUUGGAAUUGUCCGUUCCACCUUAAAAUUAAGAAUUCAAUAAGAAACUGAUAAACGAGAAGAAAGCUCUGUGUUUUAUAUUGGUUCUCCACAACACGUUCCGCAUGAAGAUAAAGAACCUCACUUUGAUUAUUAUGGGAACCGCUGUCAUGAAGGAAUUUCACCGAACAAAAAUCAAUGUAAGGAAGAACAGGACUUUUUAUGGGAUGUCUGAAAGCACGGUUACGACGAACAGAACGAUUUCAGGUCUCUGUAUUAUAACACUCAAACUUACUCCCACUGACCAGCUCUUAAAGGGUCCAUAUCCUCAUCUUUAUAUAUGUAUAUAAACCUAAAUAUAAGUGUAUAUACACUCAUUAACCAAAAAACUGUCUCAAAUUCAUGUGCAGUUACUGUAUAUAAAUGUGCUUCCCCUGCUGUGCUAUUAAAGACUCUCAGAUGGUGUAGAGAGAUCGUUAUUGGACUGUAUGAUGCUCUCAAAAACUCAGCAGAAGACGAUUAGAGGGGUUCCAAAAAUCACCUGCUAACAUCAGUUUCCUUUACAGUGAACCAUAACCCUGGACUACAGACUGGAACUGUGUCCCCUUUAGUUCCUUUAGCCCCUCUAGAAAAAAAAGCCCCCAGAGCCCCUCUAGACCCUUUAGUCCCAAAUACCCCUUUAUUCUCUCUAGCCACUGGAGCCCCUUUGUUCCCUUUAGCCCCCAGAGCCCCUCUAGACCUUUAUUCCCUCAAACCCAUUUAGCCAGUAUAUAUACAUAUAUAUAAUAUUAUGAUAUGGGCUCUUUAAUUGAUCUGCAGUGUGAAUCGUGUUCGUCUCUGGUGAGAAUCUGCAGGUUUUGCACGUCCUGCAGUUUAACAUGACAUCAGCACACCCACACACACACACACACUAUACACACACACACACUAUACACACACACACUAUACACUCUCUCUCAAAUACACACUAUACACACACACACUAUACACUCUCUCUCACACACAC